ACCCUAUCUUCUCAUAGUGAGGAGAUAGGGAGAGAUGUUGUUUUUAGUAAAUUUGAUGCCACAAAUUCCUCUCCAAUUUAUCAGAUUUUUUAUAUAAUUAACAGUGAUUUACUUUAUUUAUUAGUCUUUUAAUUAAUUAUUUAUCAUUUCAGCUUACCCUGGAUUAAUAAGUUACAUCAAAAGCGAAGGAAAAACAGUGACUUCUUCAUUUGGGUUGGUUAACCCAAAAAAUGGGCAAUUGCCUCUCGACUGAUAACUCAGAGAAAAGAACUGGUAAUAUGGGUAAUACAUGCAAAAGAGAUGCAAUUCAUACCAUGGAUCCUCAUCGUAUGGGAAAUCCUGGUUUCAGUGUUAAUUUGGACGGAUUUGCUGACUCAAUGAAUCCAAUGCCCAAUAAUAGAUCUCCUUUCACCGGAGUUGGUGGUAACUGUAAAGGUAUAACUAACUCUAAUUCAACGAGUAGUGCUCAGAGUGGGGCUGGAGGUGGUGUUACAUGUAUGAAAGGUGCCAAUUCAAAUGAUUCUGGAAUCGUUAGAACUCCAUCCCAUCAUUUGGCCUCUCACAGUGGCUCUCAUGGAUCCCACGGGUCAAAUAACCAACAGAUAGUCAUUGCAUUGUACAAUUACAACGCCAAAGAUGAAGGAGAUCUGAGCUUUCGUAAAGGUGAUCGUUUAAUUAUUUUAGACGAUGGUGAUCCAGAUUGGUGGUUAGCCAAGCAUAAAGUGUCCAGCCAGAAAGGUUAUAUACCCAGAAAUUAUGUUGUAACGGAGGCCAUUGAAACUGAAGAAUGGUUCUUCGGUAAAAUAUCACGUCGUGAAGCAGAGAAGCUUAUGUUAGCUGGUGACUUACCUCGUGGUACAUUUUUGAUAAGAAACAGUGAACAAACAGCUGGUGCUUACUCACUAUCCAUCAGAGAUUGGGAGGCAUCAAAGGGUGACCAUGUAAAACAUUAUAAGAUCAAGACUCUUGAUAACGGUGGUUAUUUUGUAACGACACGUAAAACCUUUCCUACUCUACAAGAUUUGGUUGAUUAUUACUCAGAAGGAGCCAAUGGAUUAUGUCAUGCUUUAACUAAACCUUGUCCCAAAACAAAACCUAGCUAUUGGCCGAACAAAAAGGAUGAAAUCGAGCGUAAAGAUCUAGAAUUUUUGCGAGAGCUUGGAGGUGGUAACUUUGGUAAAGUGUAUUAUGGUCUUUACAAGGGUCACACCGAAGUCGCCAUCAAAACUCUUAAAUCUGGGACGAUGUCUCCUCAAGCUUUUCUCGAAGAAGCUGCCAUCAUGAGAAAGUGUAGGCAUGAAAAAUUAGUCCCACUUUAUGGUGUCUGUUCUCAAGAAGAACCUCUGCUCAUUGUAACUGAAUUUAUGUGCAACGGGAGUUUAUUAGAUUAUCUUAGGAACAAUAGGGAAGGCAAGAAUCUUAAAUUACCUGAUCUCUUGGACAUGGGAGCUCAAAUCGCAAGUGGCAUGGCCUACUUAGAAAAUCAAAAGCUUAUCCAUCGUGAUCUUGCUGCUCGCAAUAUCCUUGUUGGAAAAAAUAAACUUGUUAAAGUAGCUGAUUUCGGAUUAGCAAGGGUAAUAGAAGAUUCAGAAUAUACUGCGCGACAAGGAGCCAAGUUUCCAAUUAAAUGGACGGCUCCCGAAGCUGCACUGUACGGUAAAUUUUCGAUUAAAUCAGAUGUUUGGUCUUACGGUAUACUUCUGUACGAACUUAUAACUCACGGACAAGUACCAUAUCCUGGUAUGCAUAACAGAGAAGUCAUCGAGCAAGUUGAAAGGGGCUAUCGAAUGCCAAGGCCAACCAACUGCGAGUGUCCAGAAUCUGUUUACAGUAUUAUGCUGCAGUGUUGGGAUCCUGAGCCUGAAAAACGACCAACUUUUGAAUUCCUUUAUGGCUUCUUCGAUGACUUUUUUGUAUCAACUGAGCCCAGUUACAGGGAUGCUGAAGAAUUUUAGUUAAUAGAAAUUAUAUCUUAUAAUAAUUUGGCACAAAGAUAACUAACCUAGACAUGGGAUUAUUCCUUAUAACCAUAGCCGCAUCAUCAUGAUUUAAAAAGCAUGGAAUAAUGUACUUUACAUUACUCUAUCAUCAUCACAUUCCCCUCUCAUUUUGUCUAUUUUAUUGUAAAUAUUUCUUUUCUUCUACACUUGUCUUUUACCUUUGAAACAAGAAUUAUGUCAACAGCUACUCACAAACACCUAGCAAAGGGUCUGUGUGUUGGUAAAAGAUCCUGGAUUUUUUUAAAUCUAUCAUUAUUCGACUCGUCCAUAUUUCACCACGACCAUCAGAGCAAGACUCAAGAAAGUACCAACUGCCGUUUGAACAACUUUUUUUGCUCGCUGUUUCAUGCUUAAGAUUAUCUUAUACCAUCCAAUUCGACUUAACAAAGACUCAUCAAACAAAACAAUUUAUUUCAUCGCAAAUUUUUUACCUUCCACAUCAAGAUCAACGCUUAAAUGAAAGAACAAAAAGUAACUUUAAAAAGUCUUCCUUUUUACUUUACACCUCCAUAUUUUCUCAUGUGCGAAAGUAAAUCCGCUUUUUGUACAACUUUGUAUUAUUCAUCGUCCUCCUCUCUCUUUACCUCUCUCGUCAAAUUUUCAUCUGAUUUCUUUAAAUUUAAUAGAUAAUUGAAA